AUGUUGUCCACACUGCACAGAUUGCCUAGCUUCGCUCCUCGAGGGGCGCUGGUCCGUAUGAUGAGCAAAAAGCGUAGGCUGCCGUCACCAGCCCCCCAGGGCAAUCCCGAUACGCACUGGAUGACCAUGGGAGAGGGCCAGGAAGAGAAGCCUGUGAUAACUGUCAAUGGAAAAGAGUACGACUGGAACACUAUACCGGCAUUUACUCACAAGAGCGUGUUGACUAUGCUACAGCAUCUGCGGAUACCGAUAGACAGUGAAUGCGGUGGUAAAGGAGAAUGCAAGCAGUGCACGGUACAUUUCGAUGGAGUGGAGGGCAACUUACUGGCUUGCCAGACUCCAGCCGCCGCUGGGAUGAAUCUUGAGGUUGUACCCACGAAAAAGGAAGAUACGGAACCGGCGAAUCUUACAGAGGAGAUCAAAGAGCCCGGCCAAAUAGCGGAUUUCGUUAUCGAGCAAUGUGAAGAUUGGCUGGGAGGAUCCACUGAAGACUGUCUCGCAGUGCAGUACGAUCUUUCGGGAAAUGCCAAGAAAUUUGCGGCGGCUUUGAACGACAAGAUUGGCAUAAAGCGUAUUGGGCAGUUGAUGGGAGGUAAAGCAUUCAUACACGUUGAUGCUAAGGACCUGACUGAUAUGGAUGCUCUUGUUAUUGCUAAGAUGCUCCGAUUCCAAAAUGCUGACUGUGAAAUGCUCGAUAUCAACAACAACCCACGUAUGGGCGACCUUGGAGUGAAGGCCAUAGCUGAGCAUGUUUUGGGACGAGCAAGCAAUGGGCAUCCCUUGGAGACUUUGCUUGUAUCAGGAGUUAAUAUGACUGAUGAGGGACUAGGGUACAUCACCGAAGCGCUGAAGACGAAUAAUAAGUUGCGAUUGUUGGAGAUGCGGAAGAACAAACUAACCGACGAGGGUGUCGUUGCUUUAGCCAAGGUUCUCAAGGAGGAUAACACUACACUGGAGUCUCUAUACUUGAAUGCUAACCCGGGUCUUACGGAUGUCUCUGUUGAGGUGCUUGCUGAUGCUGUGGCCGCUCGUAAGGGCAAACUGAAGGUCAUCCUUCUGGACUGCGAGAAGAUUAGUUUUUCGGCGAGGGCUCGCGCGAUGGCUCGAUGUGGGAAGAAGAUGCGGUUCUGA